AUGACCAAGGGAACUUCCAGCUUCGGAAAGCGUCACAACAAGACGCACACUCUGUGCCGUCGAUGUGGACGCCGAUCCCUUCACAUCCAGAAGCACACCUGCUCCUCGUGCGGGUACCCGUCUGCUAAGACCCGAAAGUACAACUGGAGCGAGAAGGCGAAGCGCAGAAAGACCGUCGGCACUGGACGCAUGCGGUACCUCAAGGACGUCUCCCGCAGAUUCAAGAACGGCUUCCAGACCGGUGUACCGAAGGACUCCAAGGCCCCGUUCUAA